CCUUUAUAUAACAAGCAAUGACAUUUGUGUAAAUUCACCGGUGGUAGACGAACUUACGAAAUUAUCGCAUUUUCAACCACGAAAUAUUUUAUUAACGCGUAUCAGACACUGCAUCAGCUUUAAAUAAAAUACUACGCAACAAGAAUAACAGCAGCACAAAACAAUGGCCAGCGAAGGAGCAAGUAACCAGAAUGCAGUUUGCACACUGUGUGACAAGAUCGGACUUAAGCCAUUCACCAAGCAGAACGUAUUCUACUAUUACAUACCAUUACAUGGCGUAGUAUCAUACUCUGCACUCGCCGUAAACGUAAUGAAUCCGGGAUUCAUUUCACAAGUCCUACCCAAAAAGGAUUUGACCAAUGUGCUAUUACUGAGCACAUUAACUGGUACGGCAUUUUACAUAUACGGACGACCACAUCUACGUAGUGUGCCGAAUUCUCGACGCGGUCUAUAUGCCGUGUUAGGUGGUUCACUCUUUAGCAUGGGUUCAGUGCUCGCUUGGGCUUUAAUGAGAUCGAUACUGCCAAGAGAUAACGCAGCAGUUGCUACCAUUGCGGGUCUGGCUUCCGGAGCAGUUUUGGUUAAGCUGAGUACUGACUAUUUUACUGAUUGUGACAAACUGGUUACAAAGAAUUAAACAAGAAUAGCAGUGAUCGUAUUGCUUUGGUGCUCAUUCAAUCAAAUGGACAAAUCUAAUUUUAGUCAUCGACUUUCAUCUCAUUUUUUUAUGUAGCAAUUAAAAGUUCAAUACACCAACGGGAAUUUUGCGAUUGAAGUGGAAUAUGUAAAAUACAGUGCCGCACCCUGGCUGACAACCCGUGUUUAUAUUUGGACAAGCCUUUGGUCGUGGAAAUUGUAUAAUUAGUACGUUAAAAAUAUUUGUAAUUUGAGUCUGGUAAAAAUAAAGUUUAAAGUUAAAACUGCUCCUAA